AUGAAGCUGAUGCCUUGUUCCUUUUUGUUGUGCUUCUUAGCAAUACUUGUCGAUGCGAAACCUGGAGAAAUACUACUUGACGAGGAAGACAAUUAUUGGCAAUAUCAAGACAUGCAAAAGUUUCUGAAUAACCCCGAUCGAGAAUCUUGGUUGUACUAUCGAACAUAUACAACGGAGCACACUUGUGUGUAUGUGAAAGUGAACGAAAAUCAACCAAAUGGAAGUGAUUACGAAUUUGUCCAGGAAUAUAGAUUGGGAACACAAGAACAUAACACAAAACAAACGGCGACACUUUAUGCGACUCCUUAUAAAACAAAGAUGUAUGCCACCGAACGACAAAAUAACAACGCAAUGCGUAUAAGCCCACAUAAAGAUGCCACAAGUGGAAAAAGAUUCCAGUUGAUUUACACUGACUCUGACAAAUGCGAUAUUCUAAGAGUUCUGGAUGUAAACAAUGGGCGCGCCUGUGAGCUCUAUCUUCACAACAACGCAGUUGAUGCUGGUGUCCCUGAAAACUGCAAGAAAAUAUAUGGUAAUGCAUGCGGGAAAGGUGAUUCAUCCUACACGCAGCAAGUGUAUCACCCGUGGUGCAAGAAGAACGUUAAGGCCCAAUAG